AUAAAUAUUGUUCCAGUGCACGGCUUUAUCAUAGCAUGGUUGUUUCCAGCGCAAAAAAACGUUCGCUCGGAAAGCGAGGGAGUGAGAUUGAGAGAAUUAUAUUAGUUUAUUCAACAAAACGGAAUAUUAUUGAUACAUUUAAGACUAAAAUAAAGGAAACUAUUUGGAUUUAUGAAAGUGAGGCACUCGAUGAAUAGAAUGUAAUGAAAUAAGAAUCGAAAGAGGCAAUGAACUCAGGUUUUAUUCAUUAAAUUUGCACGGUAUUUUUACGGGGCUAUGAGACUUCAGGGGAUAUGUCUUUGUCUUCUUAUAAGUGUUCCAGGUUGUAUCAGCCUGUGUGGGCUGAACCAGAUCCGGUGUGUCGACGGAAGCUGCGUUGACAUGUCUCGUGCAUUUGACGGUCGACCCGACUGUCCAGACGGCAAAUUUGACGAAGUUGCGUUCAGUGAUAUGUGUCCUCCGCGGAAACUCCACUGCGCUAACGGGAAGUGCCUGGACCGGAAGCGGUUCUUUGACGGGACGAACGACUGCGGAGAUAAUUCAGAUGAAGUGGAAUUACCCUGUCCUAUCCCUCAAUUCACGUGCCUUGGUUCUCCCCGCGUCUGUAUCAACACGUCACAACUCAUUGAUGAUGAAACCGACUGCCCCGGUGCUGAAGACGAACUGAAGCGGCUAGGUGACCGGUGCUCGGGUAACGACUGCGAUGGGAACUGCACGUGUGAUGUGUUCACGCCGCACUCCGUCUGUAUGAAUGGCACGUGCUCGUGUCACGUGGCGUUCAAUAUGGUGACCAAAGCGAAAGGAAAGGGAAAAGUGAACAAGAUAUGUGUUCCAAGGAUACUAGGUGACCCGUGCGUGCAGGACAGUUCCUGUGGCGAGGUAUCCGGGGCCGCCGUGUGCCGCCAGGGUGUAUGCACAUGUGAUACGGGAUACCUCAGGACGAACAAUUCCACGUGCAGACAGAUUACCCUGGGCGACGGUUGCCAGGCGACGGAAGAAUGCACGCGGUUCACUUCUUCCAGCGUCUGUGAGAAUGGCACGUGCGCGUGUGACACACCCAACCGACACGAUGUAUCAAGUAGCACAUGCAUACCACGUGGACUUGAUGAGGCCUGCCAAGAGGAUGCCGAGUGUGAGUCAGUAGCCAAUACGAGCUGCCAGGUAGGGAUGUGCGCAUGCGCAGCUGACUACCGGAAGAGUAAGGAUAAAACCUACUGUGUCAACAGGAAGCUGUUUGACCCAUGCGUGAACCACACAGACUGUACCUCCGUCGUGGACAACAGUCAGUGUAGCCAGGGGCGGUGUGUAUGUGACCAAGGACGGAAAUCAAGCCCAGACAUGACUGAAUGCCUUCUUAAUGAACUCGGAGACCCGUGUGGCGAUGAUUUUGAAUGUGCAAGUGUUGCAAAUGGUGCCUGUGUAAACCAAUCCUGUUCCUGUUUACCUGGAUUUCACGCAAUAAAUCAUACAUCAUCGUGCACAUUGAGACAGAUUUACGACUCAUGCACAAGUGAUGUUGAUUGCUUCAGUGCAGUGAAUGAAAGUUUAUGUUUUAACGGUUCGUGCGUGUGCAAGACCGGCUACAUUGAAAAUGACGUUCACUCUCAGUGCAGAUCGCGAAGUAUUGGCGACUCAUGUGAGACACUUUUAGACUGCGCAUCGUUUAAUAAACACUCCCUUUGUUCAAAUCGGGUUUGCGGGUGCGAGCUGGAAUACUUUAUAACAGGUGGCGAUUCUCACUGCGAGCGGCGGAGAAUUGGAACCGGAAGUUGCGCAGUCGACAUUGACUGCGCAAGCGCAGUAGAGGAAAGCGAGUGUCUGAACGGCAGCUGCGUCUGUCGUUCAGGCUACCAAGCAGCCGAGAACGACACGCGCUGCUUCCUACGUCGUGUUGGUGACGACUGUGCUAAAGACAGUGACUGUCGGGACGCGGUGAACGCUAGUUUCUGUGACAACGGGACUUGCACAUGCAUCUCGGGUCUCAAGCCCGUGCAAAACGCCAGUACGUGCAUACCGCGUGCCCUCCUUGACACGUGCCUUGUGCACACGGACUGCUCGGAUGCUGUGGAGAAUACGGAGUGCUCGGAUGGCCGCUGCGAAUGUAUGUCCGGUUUUCAGGAAGUUCAUUCACGUGUGCACUUUAACUUAUCAUUUGGCGACAUAAAUAGAACUGAGGACACUCAACAGUAUAUUUCGUCCUCGAACGAGUCAGCUUGCGUUAUACGUUCGUUAGGCGACCCGUGUGUUGUCGAUACAGACUGUGUAGAUGCAGUUACCGGAAGUCAUUGUUUAAACCGUACAUGCACAUGCAAACCGGGGUUCAAACAAAGCGCAGAUGGUUCCGCUUGUCUACAAAAUGUUAUUGGGGACGAAUGCCAGCUUGGUGUUGAAUGCACAAAUGCUGUUGAGGACAGUCGCUGUGCGACAGGGAAGUGUUUGUGUAAUAUCGGAUUUCAAGUUAAUGAGAACAAGACGCUCUGUGUCCGUCGGCGGAUUUUCGACCGGACAUGCGUGACAAUCAACGACUGCAUCAAGGCCGUCAGCAACAGCCUAUGUCAUCUGCGCCAGUGUAUCUGCAGUUCUGGUUACUACCCGACGGGCGGCAACCAGACGUGCACGAGCUACCGGAUCGGCGACCGGAACUGCAAGACGGUGCUAGAUUGUAAGCUGGCAGUGCCGCGUAGCCAGUGUCUACGCGGAGAGUGUGUUUGCGACAACGGUUACAUGUCCGUCAAUAACGGCACCGAGUGUAACAGGCGAGUUAUCGGCGACCCGUGCACUAAGGACGUGGACUGUGGCAUCAUCCGGAGCCGCUGCCUCAACGAAACCGUCUGUGGGUGUGAUCCCGAAUACGAACCCAACCCGAACCUUGCUCAGUGCGUCUACAGACCAAAGAAACUCCUGGACGUGUGCACGUUUGACUACCAAUGCAAUCGUCUCGACAACCAAAGCAUUUGUGGGAACAAAUACGGGGCCGUGUACUCGCGUAUCACUUCCUGUGUGUGUACGGAUGGACUCUGGGUCCGCUCCGACACCGGAACUUGCUACGCGCCCUCUGUGGUUGGGGACUACUGCGAGGACCGCUCAUGGUGUCAUCUCGGCUCCAACGUUCAGUGUGACGGGAACCAGUGCGCGUGCAGACAGGGGUACCUGCCCAACGCCACCUACAACGGAUGCGUUGCAUUACCAAGUGCGGUGGGCGAUUUCUGCCGUAAAGACGGACACUGCGGAAAACUCGCUCAUUCAUAUUGCCAUGGCAACAGCACCUGCCAGUGUUACUACAAGUACUACCCGGGCAAGCUUGGCAAAACAUGCUUGGAGCGGGACUUUAUCACCGUGCCCUCUUUGCCAUCUCAGGCGCUUGGUCUUCAGUGCGACACUUUGACGGGGCGGCCGUGUUCCCACAGCGAGGAGGGCCGGAAGCACUGGCGCUGCCACUAUGAGCCCGGCCGCCAAUACCGCUGCAUGUGCGUUCCGGGGUUCGCCAACAAAUACACUAAUACGGAGUUCCAAUGUGAGGAGAUCCAGACUUACUUCUUCUAUGUGAACAUUUCCUACGAGAUGGGAUGUGAGAAAGAGGAGAACCCGGAUGACAAGAAGUGCUAUAUAUAUCAGCCAAUCAAAGUGCUCAAACAGUACAAUAACGAAAAUACCAAAUACUUUAUCUACAUCCGGGAUAGAAUCACAGUCGCCGGCUUAGCAAACUUGUUUAACGAUACGUCCCCGCACAUCCGGUUCCGGUAUAUGAACAGUGAUGUGCUCAACAUCACGGAAGUAACAGGAGGCAUGCGCGUAGGCCUCCUCGUGUAUCUGGCCGCUGACUACUUCCGGAUCAUCAACGACACCUCGCUCAAGGCGGAGAUCAUCGCCAGCCUCAUAAGGUCCCACGGGGAACUUGGUAGAAGUCGCCUGAAAAUCAACUGGCCAUUUGAGGAUGAAAUCGAGUGGCGAGACUUUGACGAGUGUUCGGAGCGAGGCGGGGAGUAUGCCGACUGCUCGAGUAUCGCUUGGUGCCUGAACACGCGAGUGUCCUACAUGUGCUCGUGCAGGCACGGGUAUGAAGACUGGUCACCGGAUAGUGACCACAGGCCCGGGAGGCAGUGUAUCAUUCCCCCUGAUGUGAGCACCGACAGCCUAAGUUGCUCCAAUGGAAAAUGUGAAAACAGAUGGGAAUAUAUAAGCCUUGCUAUUGUUGGUUACGGGCUGUUCCUCUUCAUAUUCAUCGGCUAUGAAAUCUACUCCAGAAAGAGAAAGCUAGAGAGAAGCGAUAUCUACUACAAGCUCCAGAAGGCGGCGAGGCGUGCGCGGUGGAAGGAGGCGAAAGAGCGCCGGAAGACGAUUAAGAAAAAGCGACAGGAGGAGCGGGAUAGUCGGAAGCAGGGAAGACAAACCGGAAGUGAAGUCAGUAUGGGAACACAGCAGGGGAGUAGCGGAACGGAUAAGAGCCAGGAAGAGGAGGAGGAUGUUGGAGGUGACACUAUAGAAGAUGCGGAAGAGAUUGGUGAUCCAAUUGAAUGUGAUACGAAUGAUAGAACGGAUGAGAAGGGUGAGCGUGUUGAUGAUGACGUCAGCGAAGACAAUGAUGGAAUUGUGUUUGUAGCGCCGGAAUCGCAAGCAGAUAAUGCGAGAUUGAUUCACGCGAAUGUAUGAAUAUAUUCGUAUUUAUAUAGCUACGAUAAUGUCAACAUACAUUCCAGUUAUGUAUUUAUAUUUUCACCUAUGUGCUUUUGUUAUAUGUAGUAUUGACAUUGUCCAGGUAAUGCAGAUAAUAUGUGUAUUUGUGUAUUGUUUUAAUUUUCUGUUCUUUUUGCCUGAAAGAGAAAAGUGUUAACCUUCCGACCAAUUCAAUAGAAUGUAUCAUGGUGAGUCCAGUGAUUUCAUAUACAUCUCAGUUCCAUACAUUCGGAACUCCUUGGCCAUUUUACAUCCACCUCGGAUGCAUAUGGAUGGUUUACAAUGUCAGAAAGCUUUACAUAUAACUGCGCUGCAAGUAGAUCGCGUAGUAAUAUCAAUUUAGCUGUUAAACUUGAUCACUUUACUUUUAGGAAUCUUAAUUAUUUACCCACUAAUACUGACAAUCAUUUUAAACUUAGAUACACGUUACAGCACUACAAUGUAUUAAUACUUUUAUUUAAAACUUGUUUUCGAUGCAAAAAGGCCGAGGAGUUCCGAAUGAGUUCAAAGGUGUUCUCUUAUGUUUCAUAAGUUGUAAUUCAUUGUGUAGCUAUUAUAUUGAAGUAUUUAAAAAUUGUGUUCACCUUCGUUAUGUGUUGAUACUAGAAACAUUAAAAUGCAUUUAUAGUACAGAAGUGUUAUUAUGUUUCUUCUCACAACCUCAUGAUGUGCUUGUACUCGUAUUUAUUCUAUGGAAGGGCAUUGAAGCAAAAAUUGCAUCUUGCUUUCUGGCGUGUACAUCUUGCCUUGUUACUUUUACAUCUUGCCUUCUUGUUGUUUCGGCAAAUGUUCUGCUAGCUUCAUGAAUGUCUGAAAGCAAAAUGCAAUUUUUGCUUCAAUUCUAUAAUUUAUUACCAAGCCGUAUUG